AUGCCCAGAGAAAUCAUCACAAUCCAAGCCGGCCAAUGCGGCAAUAACGUUGGCAGUCAGUUCUGGCAGCAACUCUGUCUUGAACAUGGAAUAAACCAAGAUGGUAAUUUGGAGGAAUUCGCGACUGAGGGCGGAGAUCGGAAAGAUGUGUUUUUCUACCAGAGUGACGACACGAGAUAUAUCCCCCGAGCUAUUCUACUAGACCUCGAACCUCGAGUGAUAAACGCUAUUCAAACCGGACCAUACCGAAAUAUCUACAACCCCGAAAAUUUCUUCAUAGAUCCACAAGGUAGCGGAGCCGGAAAUAAUUGGGCUGCGGGUUACGCACAGGGCGAACAUGUUCACGAGGAGAUCUUUGAUAUGAUCGAUCGGGAGGCUGAUGGGAGUGAUUCAUUGGAGGGCUUCAUGCUUCUCCAUUCAAUAGCGGGAGGUACGGGCUCCGGUCUGGGAAGUUACAUGCUCGAACGGAUGAACGAUCGGUUCCCCAAGAAAUUGAUCCACACAUACUCGGUGUUUCCAGACGGUCAAGCGGCAGACGUUGUGGUCAACCCUUAUAACAGUCUCUUGACAAUGCGACGAUUGACACAAGAUGCCGACUCGGUUGUUGUUUUGGAUAAUGGCGCGCUGUCGAGAAUCGUCGCCGAUAGAAUGCAUGUGCAGGAGCCAUCUUUUCAACAGACGAAUCAAUUAGUCUCGACUGUUAUGUCGGCAUCUACUACCACACUCCGCUAUCCAGGUUACAUGCACAACGAUCUCGUGGGCAUCAUCGCAUCGCUCAUCCCCACACCACGAGCCCAUUUCCUCGUCACCUCCUACACUCCUUUUACCAGCGACAACAUCGAACAAGCAAAGACCGUCCGCAAAACCACCGUUCUAGACGUCAUGAGACGAUUACUCCAACCGAAAAACCGCAUGGUCUCCGUCACACCCAGCAAAUCAAGCUGCUACAUCAGUAUUCUGAACAUCAUCCAGGGCGAAGCCGAUCCCACAGAUGUCCACAAAUCACUGCUUCGAAUUCGUGAACGACGACUCGCCUCGUUCAUCCCCUGGGGUCCCGCAAGUAUCCAAGUCGCCUUGACCAAGAAAUCACCCUACAUCCAACACACACAUCGCGUCAGCGGAUUGAUGCUCGCGAACCACACCUCUGUCGCAACAUUAUUCAAACGCAUCGUGCAACAAUACGACAGACUACGCAAACGAAAUGCGUUUUUGGAUCAGUACAAGAAGGAGGCCCCCUUUGCGGAAGGAUUGGGCGAGUUUGAUGAAGCAAAAGCGGUGGUUGUGGAUUUGAUCAAGGAGUAUGAGGCGGCGGAGAAGGAGAAUUACUUGAAUCCAGAUGCUGGGCAGAAAGAGGCUGUUGCUCCUUGA